AUGAAGUUCCUUACCAUCGCCACCCUCUUUGUGUCACUGGCCCUCGCCGCGCCAACAGCUGAAACUGGCAAGGAGAAGGGCAGCGAGUGCAACAAGUACGACGACAACAAGGGUUACAGCGGUGGCUACAAGAACGACUACUACGAUCAGAAGGGUGACUACUAUGGUGGCGAACACAAGGGAGUCUACAAGAGGGGUGGUUACGGCGAUUACUACGACGAUGACUACUAUGGCGGUUACUACGACGACGACUACUAUGGCGACUACUAUCGCGGCUUCGGUCGCCGACGCCGCCAUCACCACCACCACCGCAAGCACGGGUUUCCCUUUUUUUAA